AGUCAAACAGAAUACAGCGAAGAGAGAAGUUGUGCCAGUCGGGAAGAAUACAGAAAAGAACACAUUUUCUUGUGCGUUUUGUGGUUAGAAAAAAUAAAAAAAAUCUUUAUUUUUCUUUGCCUCGCGAGUGUUUUGAUAAAUAAAUCAAAAAAGUGCUAAUUUUAAUAUAAUCAUUCUUUCAAUUUUCAUAAAAUCAACAAAAAGGAAAAAAGUGAACAGAAAAAAACAGUGAAAUUGUUUAAGAAUAAAAAUAAAGUUAUGGAAGUUAAACCUUUGCCACGUUCAGAAAAUUGCCAAAGACGGACUAGAAAUUCCAAUAGUGAAAAUGCUACGGAUGAAAAUAAUGAAAUUAUGAUGAUGAUGACCCCCAGAAAAAAUUCUGGCCAUCGUUCAUCAAUAAAAAUGACGGCUAAUAGUAAUUGUAAUAGUAUUAGUGGUAGUAAACAUAAAGUGAAAAGCGGAAAAUCAAUGGCGCGUCCUCUUUUAGGGUUUAAAAUCCACUCCUCCGCCUCUUCCUCCUUAACCACGAGUUGUUUAAACGCGACACGUUCUUCGUUUCGUCGUACUUGGUGUCCCCUGGUUUUGAAUGCAUUGAUUUUCAUUUUAUUUACAAAUGCAAUCAAUUUUGGUAAUUGUGCCGUUAACAGUGCGGCGAAUAGUGAUUCAUUAAUAAAUCAGCCACAACAUACAACAUUUGAUGACACUACAACAACAACAUCAUCGACUAAAUUUAAUACAUUUAAUAAUAAUAAUAACAAUAAUAACAACAACAAAAACUCCAACAAAUUAAAUGAUACUCAAAAUUUAUUAUUGCCACAAUUGGCAAAUCAACAGAAAAGUAUUACUUAUCGCCAGGUAAAUCCUUUGAUUAUUACCGGCUUUAGAUUAGAAUCGAGUACCCAUGAGGUAGAAUAUGAUAAUGGUAUACCCAGUGUUAUGAGUGAAACACCAUUUACGAUACGAAUUUUUGGUAAAGGCAUCACUGAAGACACCUUAAUAGCCUUUACCAACGAACCCAAUGAAGCCGGUACACAUUGUCAAUUUCCAGCCACACUGCUAUACAAAAUAGUACCUGGUACGGCUAAUGAGCAUACUGGCCUCUAUGAGGGAUCAUUGCCAAAAUCGAAAAAAGAUUUUUAUUUGUGUGCAAAAAUCGAUCCAAAUGAAUUUAAGGAAGGUGCAAAAGGAGAACCUAUAACACUGCAAUAUCAGUGUACCGAUUCCUGGUGUAUUAUACGCAGUCAUGAAAGUUUUCUACCACUAUGGGUGUCCAUUAUUAUCAUAUUGGUGUGUUUAUGUUUUUCGGCUUUAUUUUCGGGUUUGAAUUUGGGUCUCAUGGCUUUAGAUCGUACAGAACUAAAGAUUUUACGUAAUACCGGCUCCGAUAAGGAACGUGAAUAUGCUAAGAAAAUCCAACCCGUUAGGGAUCAAGGUAAUUACCUGUUGUGCAGUAUACUGUUGGGUAAUGUGUUGGUUAACUCAACUUUUACCAUUCUCUUGGAUGGCUUAACUUCUGGUCUAAUUGCUGUGGUGUUCUCUACAAUCGCUAUCGUUAUUUUUGGUGAAAUUACACCACAGGCUAUUUGUUCGCGCCAUGGUUUAGCGGUGGGUGCAAAAACUAUUUUAAUUACGAAAAUGAUUAUGAUUAUAACAUUUCCCCUCUCAUAUCCGACAUCGAAAAUUUUGGACGUUCUAUUGGGCGAAGAAAUUGGUAAUGUUUAUAAUCGGGAACGCCUUAAGGAAUUGGUUAAGGUCACUACUGGCAUUAAUGACUUGGAUAAGAACGAAGUCAACAUUAUAUCUGGUGCCUUGGAACUGCGCAAAAAGACUGUUGCCGAUGUUAUGACACAUAUCGAUGAUGCCUUUAUGCUGCCCCUAGAUGCUACAUUAGAUUUUGAAACGGUUUCUGAAAUUAUGAAAUCUGGUUUCUCUCGUAUACCCGUUUACGAAGGUGAUCGUAAAAAUAUUGUUACUCUGUUGUAUAUCAAAGACUUGGCAUUUGUUGAUCCCGACGAUAAUACACCCCUGCGAACAUUGUGUGAAUUCUAUCAAAAUCCCGUACAUUUUGUCUUCGAAGAUUAUACGCUCGAUGUAAUGUUUAAUCAAUUCAAAGAUGGUACUAUUGGACAUUUGGCCUUUGUCCAUCGUGUUAACAAUGAGGGUGAUGGUGAUCCAUUCUAUGAGACUAUAGGUUUAGUAACACUAGAAGAUGUAAUCGAGGAAUUGAUUCAAGCGGAAAUUGUCGAUGAAACAGAUGUUUUUGUAGAUAAUCGCACUAAGGUUAAACGUAAUCGUAAUAAGAAACAAGAUUUUACUGUAUUCGCUGAACGUCGUGAAAAUCAAACUAUACAUAUAUCACCUCAAUUAACUUUAGCCACUUAUCAGUACUUAAGUACUUCUAUUGAUGCUUUUAAAAAAGAAGUUAUAUCCGAGCAAAUCUUGCGACGUUUACUUAAUCAAGAUAUUGUUCACAGUAUAAAAUGUAAGGGUAAAGAGAAAGAUGAUCCUAGUCUUUUCAUAUUCACACAGGGUAAACCUGUCGAUUUCUUUGUACUUAUCUUGGAGGGUCGUGUUGAAGUGACGGUAGGCAAAGAAAGUCUACUCUUCGAAAGUGGCCCUUUCACCUAUUUUGGUACUCAAGCUUUAAUACCCAAUGUGGUUGUGGAUUCUCCCUCACAAAUGGGUUCCUUACAGUCUUUAAAUUUAGACUCUAAAACUCGUCAAACUUUUAUUCCUGAUUAUUCAGUACGCGCUGUUUGCGAUCUUGUUUAUAUAGCCAUUAAGCGUAGUUUAUAUUUGACUGCCAAAAAGGCUACUUUACUGGAGAAAACCCGUAAAGCUGGCACUGAACCCAAUAGUGUUGAUAUUGACGAUGAAGUAGAAAAGUUGUUACACUCAUUACACGAUGAUGAACGACCGAAUCAUAUACGCGGUAGCCAAAGUAUACGCAAAACUUCAACAGUCGUUGGCAGUAAUACAGCGUCACCUUCAUUUAAUGACUUUUCACAGCAAAGUCGAAGUAUAGCCGCUGCCACUACCCAACACAAUUCACAGGGCAGUAAUAAUGAUGUAGUAUCGCUAAGUAGUCUUAUGACUUCCGAAGCGGCUGCUAUUGAUUACAAUACCAUUGAACAUCAUAACGAUAGACAUAAUAAUGGGGAAAAGGUAAAUAAUAAUGAUGUGGUCACUACACCGCUGUUGCCCAAAACAGAUCUAAAGCACAAUAAUACCAAUUCAAAAUAACAGGAGCCAAUUUAACAGCAGACCAUAUUGCUGUUAAAAGUUUUUAACAAAUAUUUUAUAAGGUUUGCUUAAUAGAAAAGAAAAACGAGCAAAACAAACAAACUUUAAGCCGAACAACAACCAGUUAUGCACUUCAAACUUAAAGAAACCUUCCCCUCCUAAACUAAACUAAAUUAAUAAUCCCUUAUUAUACGUAUAGUUUUUGAAAUAUAACUACUACUAGCUAUAUUAGUAUAACAACUAAACUAUUAAAUUAAAUUAAUUUAAAUUUUUAAAGUUAGUGUGUUAAUUAAAAUGAAACAAAAGUCUUCGUAUUUUGUCUUUAAUUAUUUAAUAUAUUUACUAUUAAUACUAUAACCAAAACAACCCCUAUAACCACUCGUCCUAACUUUUUUCUCUUUUUUACAAGUAAAACCUAAAAAAUACCAAGCAAUCGUUUAAAACUAGAACUUCCUGUUUUCUUUUCUAAGUUAGAAAAAAAUAUGUGAUUUAUUUUUUGAUUUGAAAACAACAAAAAUAUAUAUAUACUUUUAGAUGCAACCAAAAAAGAAAAUUAAAACUAAACGAAAUUUGAAAAUCAAAAAAAAAAUAUGAUAAUAGAACAUAAAGGUUAUGAUAAUAAUUAUGACAUUUAAUUAU